AGUCAGAACCAUGGCUUGGGUAUUGGUCUCUGUUCUUCUGCUGUCUACCUCGAUUGGCAUAGCAAAUGCACAAGAACCGGUAGGCAUGUGGCCCUUAAACGCACAGUAUGGUACAUCAGACGUGACCGGAAACGGAAAUGACGGAAUAGCAACAGGAACCCAGCUAGCCCCAGGUCCGUUCGGCAACGCCGAUGGCUCCUUCCUGUUCUCGGGAACCACGAGUUCAUACAUGGAUAUUCCUAACAAUGGCCGGUUGGAUGUGCGCUACUCGUACACCAUACUGGCCCACAUAUACCCUACCGGUCAGGCUGGACCAAUAUUCGACUACAUCAAAAACUACAACGGAUGGGGGAUGCACCUUUGGCAGACAGGUCCACAGCAAUUGUUUAUGAGGACGGUGAGAAGAGAUGGCAAUUUGUCACCGCAUGUUCUUGUUAACACGCUUGAACAAAAUGCCUGGAACUACGUGGGUGGGACCUACGACAGUGGCACAGGCAUGUCAUCCCUCUGGAACAACGGCCAACUAGUCGGUCAAACACAGCUCACAAACGUUCCAAGCGUCGCAUCUCAGUACCCCAUCCGAGUGGCUAGGAGGAACGGAGACAGUCGGAUCUACUCGGGUCGGAUCGCCUGUCUGCAGCUGUACGACUACGCCAUGACUCAAGAACAGAUCAUUGCUGCAAGGGAGAAAUGUGUCGUCGACGUCUGUGCUAUCGACACCGUUUUCCUGCUCGACCGCUCGUCCAGCAUACCACGUACCGGGUUCAACCUUGCCAAACAGUACAUCUGGGGUUUUGCACAAUGCUUCACUGACCAGGAAAUCGGGGUUGGAGUUAUUGCAUACGACUGUGUACCUAAGACAAGUAUAAAACUAGGAAUCUUCACUGCAAGCAACUCAGCUGACCUGAGGUACGCCAUUGGCGAUGUGGAGUUUACCGGGGGCAUCACCCGAACUGCAGCAGCGAUUAAAUACAUGACACAAACGGCCGAUUUUCGUGAAGACGUACCCCGGGUAAUGAUUAUUAUAACUGAUGGAAACGACGGGGGCGACCUGGUAUUAAAAUUUUUAUUCUUAUUUUUACAAUACUCAGAUUACGUUAUAGGUAUACAUUCAUCAUGA